UCAAACCCAUUCCCCACCAAAAAUUUAACUCACACACCUACACUACACUACUUCCACUACCUGCCACUAAACCCAUGCAACUCACCUAUCUCCGACAUCUCCAAUUUUAUUACCUCACCACAUACCUCCUUCCACCACCCCUCUCCCAAAACCUAUUUCACUCCUCUCUCUCUCUCUCUCUCUCUCAUUCAUUGCCAGUCUCAUUUUAACACCACGCUGACUCACACCCAGAGUAGCUGGACCAUCACCAAAUGAUAUGUGACCCACUUUCGGUUGGCUCUGUUAGAUUGUUUUUCUAAUGGAGAUUUGGUAGUGGGUGAAUAGUUUGGAAAUGGGUCGAGAUGGGUUUUUAGUUUCGUCGGAGAGCCAGGCUUCUCUGGUGAAGAAAACGGCGGUUUCUUCCAGCUGGGUCUUGCUGGACCAGUCUGGGAAAGGUACUAUAUUGGAUAUGGACAAGUUUGCCAUUAUGCGCCGAGUUCAUAUAAACGCUAGAGAUCUUCGAAUUCUAGAUCCCCUGUUAUCAUAUCCUUCGACGAUUUUAGGCAGAGAAAAAGUUAUUGUACUCAAUUUGGAGCACAUCAAAGCAAUUAUCACAGCACAGGAGGUGCUGCUUAGAGAUCCAUUCGAUGACAAUGUAAUCCCCAUUGUAGAGGAACUUCAAAGACGGUUACCCUUAACAAGCGCCAGUCCCAAAGGCCAUGGUGAAGAAGAAGAGCAAGCCUCAGGGGCUCGAGAUGAAACCGAAACCAGCGAAGAAAAUGAGUUUCCAUUCGAAUUUGUGGCCUUAGAAGUUGCAUUGGAAGCUAUUUGUAGUUUUCUUGAUGCUCGCACAAGAGAAUUGGAAGCGGAAGCUUAUCCAGCUUUAGAUGAGCUGACCUCCAAGAUUAGCAGCCGCAAUUUGGAUAGAGUGCGUAGACUAAAAAGUUCAAUGACAAGAUUGACAAAUCGGGUCCAAAAGGUAAGGGAGGAACUAGAACAACUUCUGGACGACGACGAUGAUAUGGCAGACCUUUACUUGUCAAGAAAGUUGCUUGCGACGUCUUCACCAGGGAGCGGAUACGGUGCUCCAAAUUGGUUUUGCAACUCUCCUACAAUAGGCUCAAGGAUAUCCAAAACAAGUCGGACGAGUAAUGUAACCAUUCAAGAGGAGAAUGAUGUUGAGGAGCUUGAAAUGCUGCUCGAGGCAUAUUUUAUGCAAAUUGACGGGACACUAAACAAGUUGACAACGCUGCGUGAAUACAUUGAUGACACAGAAGAUUACAUCAAUAUCCAGCUCGACAAUCAUCGAAAUCAGCUUAUUCAGCUAGAGCUUUUCCUAUGUUCUGGAACUGUUUGUUUGUCUGUGUAUUCUUUGGUGGCUGCGAUAUUUGGCAUGAACAUCCCUUAUACUUGGAAGACAGGUCAUGGCUAUGUCUUUAAAUGGGUGGUCAUCCUCACCGGAAUACUUAGUGGCUCUAUUCUUGUAUCAAUAAUUUCAUAUGCUCGACACAAAGGUCUUCUUGGAUCUUAAAUAAGUACAGUUGAUUGAAUAAAUAGAAAUAUACAGAUUACUUAUGCCUUUAUUUUUGCAUUUAUAUUUACAAAUAAAUGUAUUAUUUUCAAAAAUUCUAUAUUAAAUUUGUUUAUUUUUACAAAAAUAAAUAUUUAUGAAUAUUCUUAUAAACUAUGUUGUUCACAUCAUCAUCAGAUAAGAGAUUAAGGCUUA